AUGAAGUGCAUGGAAUGCAAGAAAGAUGGUACUGAAGAAGAAAUGCUUUAUUGUGAUAGCUGUGACCGACCAGUUCACAAAGAUAAUUAUUGUUCUGGUCUGUGUUCAUCAGAAAUUAGGGUUAUGGAGUUAAAGAAGAAUCGUGUUCUACAGUUUUUGUGCCAAGAGUGUAAAUCUGGAAUGAAACUUGUUCCAAAACUAUUCAAAUUAAUUGAAAAACUGCAGAAUGAGGUUAAUGAUAUGAAAUUGCAGAAUUCUAAAUACCAAGAAGAGGAUAUUGUAAGUGAGGUAUUUGAAAGACAAAAGAGAAUGAACAACUUAAUCAUUCAUAAUCUAGGUGAAUCUGUGGAUAAAAGAAAUGCUGCUUCUGAUGAUUUGGCUACUGUGACCUCAAUUUUCAAGGAAAUUACUCAAGAGGAUAUUAAAGUUGUCAAAGCUGUUAGAUUUGGUAAGAAAAACAAAAAUGGUACUCGUUCCCUAAAAAUUGUAUUAACAAAUACUUUUGAUGUAAAGAAUAUUUUAAAAAAUAAGAUUUACGUUGCCGAAGCAAAGAAGAUAUUUAUUAAUUCUGAUUUAACCCCCCAGCAACUCAACAAACGCAAUGAAGUUAAAGAGGACCUCAAAAAACGCCAAGAACAAGGUCAGCCUACGGUAGCACCAACGAAUAAAAGCAUCACGGCCUUGUAUGGACAACCCCUUACAAUGACCAUGGAAUUCUGUGCCAAUCCUCCAUACACCAAAGCCUUAUGGAUAGCCAAAGACGUUAAAGUUUAUAAACCGGGUGAUGGAGAUAGUACCAUUAUGGCUUAUGGUAUAACGAAUUUAUCUCAACCAAACUGCCAUCAAGCCGUAUUAUUCUUGACGAAGGUCACUAGCGUAGAUAUUGGAGAAUACAAUUUUAUAGUAAAAUCGCCAAGCGGUAUAGCGGAUGGCAGUUUUCACGUCAACAUGACGUACGCCAGUGGUUACAACGUCCAAUUAGAAGAAGAUGUGAAAGUAGAGGAUAGCACUGACGAGGCCACUCGAAUUUCUACAUCGUUCUACAUAAAUGUGAUUGUUUUAUUAAUAAUGCAUAUAAUUGUUGUUAACGACUGA